CAUCCUGGCCGUGAGGACCGAUGGACCGAAUCAGAACCGGAUCCGGGGAGACGUGGAGCGGAGAUGUGGAUGCGGAUCUGAGGUUGCCGUUGUGUUCGAGGUCCACCACGAUGUCCGGAGCCUCCAGCGACCAGCUGCACAGAUCCACGUUGACCGUCUACCUGAACCUGAUGGAGCACUUCAACCCUGGUCUGCAGAAGCUCGUCACUCUAGGAAACAGCUACGUGAUGGCCUUCCAAGCCUUAGCUGUUUCCAGUGAGGCUUACUUCAGUGCUGUGUAUAAGAUGGGCGACCAGGCUCUUCACACACUUUCAUCUCGCUCUUUGGCCGCCCACACACGUAGAGGCCCGGUGGCCAUAUUGAGUGACGGCCUCUGA